UCAGACUACGAAGCGACGAGCGUAUGCAAUUUUAUGUCAUUUUAAAACAGCUGAUUUCGUUCACCUAUUCAUUAUUAUCGGUGCGUUGACCUCGCGUCAUGGAGUACAAAUCUUUAAACCUAAAGCGCGCGUCUAUUAAAGGCCGUGUAACUAAAUUUACUAAUCAGUUGGAUGAUUUAAAGGGCUACAAACUUACUCCUACCGAGAUCAACGUACUAAAUCAAAGAUUAGCAAAAAUCGAAGCGCUUUUUGUUGAGUUCGAUGGCGUGCAAAAUCAAAUCGAGUGUUUGGAUGAAGACAAUUUAAGUUCCGAGUUAGACACUAGGGAGGCUAUCGAACAAACAUUUCAUACUUCAAUAGCCGCGGCUCAGAUGAUUAUAUCAGAGCACACUACCUCAAAAAAGUUAUCAGCGUCAUUCAAUGUCAGCCACAGCUCCGCGAUAGCUGAUGAAGAUGAUCACGAAGUCAUCGGAUUCCGCUUGCCUGUAAUUAAAAUCAAUAAUUUCGAUGGUACUUACUACAAAUGGCUGGAAUUCCGGGACACUUUCAGUUCGUUGAUUCAUAAUAAUUCUAGAAUUAAAAAUGUACACAAAUUUCAUUACCUUAAUUCUUAUUUGGAGGGCGAAGCAGCUCGAGUGAUCAGCAAUAUUGAGGUGACCGAUAAUAAUUAUCCUGAUGCGUGGAAUUUAUUAUGUGAGCGCUAUAGUAAUGUGCGUCAGUUAAUAAAUAAUCAUAUAAAAAUGUUAUUUAACAUCGAGCAGGCGCGUGAGUCGGACAAAUCUUUGAGAUUUAUCGUAGAUCACGUCACUAAAAACUUACGUGCUCUUAGUACAUUAAAACAACCAACCGAGCAUUGGGAUUCUUUGAUCAUUUAUUUGGUUUCAGCGAAGUUAGACAAUAACACUCGAUUUAAGUGGGAAGAAUUUAUUCAAAACAAUGUAAGUUAUUCGGAGAUGCCUACGUUAGAAAUAUUUUUAAAUUUUUUGAAGGGUCGUGCGGACGUCCUCGAAUCAGUCUUCCGCAGUAAGCAAGACUCAAGCAAGGUGAAUAAGCCGGCUCCGAAUUCCUCACAUACGAGUAGCAACAACAAUAAACCUCACAAUUCUACAAGAUCGUUUAUCGCUGAAAAGGGAAAUGUAUCAACAACUACAAUGAGUUAUAGGUGCGCCGUAUGUAGUGACAGUCACCGAAUAUACGAAUGUCCCAAAUUUCUAUCAAAAUCGGUUGACGAGAAAAUUAAAAUGGUAGCCAAAUUAAAGUUGUGUACCAACUGCUUACGUGGACAUAGUCUACGGAAUUGCAGACUUCCUGGUACCUGCAGGAACUGUCGAGAGAGGCACAACACGAUGCUCUGCCAGUCUAACAAACCUGAAAUCAAUAAAUCCGAUUCCGAGCCAGUCGCGAUGUCAGCUACCACCUCGUCAGAAACUUUAUUGUGUACAGCAUUGGUUGAUGUUAUAAAUCCUAAAACUAACAAAACUAUAACCACCAAGGCCCUUCUAGAUAGUGGAAGUCAAUGCACAUUUAUAACGCAAAAUUUAAAGGAACAGUUAAAUUUAAUUACAUUACCUUCUAGCACACAUAACGUUUUAGGUAUAGGCAACAUACCAUUAAAGCUCGGCGCUGAACGGUGCGAGAUUCGCCUUCAGUCCAAGCUGAGUGCAUUUAAUUCAAUUUUGUCCUGCUUAGUUAUCCCAAAAAUAGCAGGCAAAAUACCUAAGUCUUUUAUAGACACUACACACUUAAAUUUAAAGUCAUAUGAGCUUGCAGACCCCAGCUUUUUUGAGCCUGCUGAAAUAGGAUUACUCCUCGGUGCUGACGUCUUUUGGGAUUUAAUAUUGUUCAAACAGCACUCUUUAGGUAAGGGUAAUCCUAUUCUACGUCAAUCUAAACUAGGCUGGCUCAUCGCAGGUCCCAUGCACUACCCUCAUGACAUCAACAAAAAAACAUUUCAAUGUCAUUAUGCUAAUGUAGCCAAUAAUAAUGAACUCAAUAGCUGCUUAGUCGAUUUACACAGUGACUUGAAAAGAUUUUGGGAACUGGAAAGCUUACCACAAAAACCGUUACUUACCGAUACGGAGAAAGAUUGCGAACAGCACUUCUUAAAACACACAACACGAAGUAACGAUGGGCGUUUUUGUGUUAAGCUUCCGCUCACUGACAACCCGGAACGUCUAGGAGACUCUUAUCAUAUGGCAAAAAAGAGAUUUUUAAAUCUAGAACGUAGAUUUUGUAAGCAACCUGAGCUUAAAAACGCUUACGUAGAUUUUAUAAAUGAGUAUGCUAACCUAGGACAUCUUUCAGUUUCACAAGUCGACCGACCUGAGGGAGGCUAUUUUAUUCCGCAUCAUCCCGUCCUCCGCGAUAGCGAAUCGACACGGCUUCGCGUGGUAUAUGACGCAUCAGCGCGUACGGGAAUAUAUAAUAUGUCAAUAAACGACAUACAAAUGAUUCCAGCGAAUAGAACAAAUGCGACAAAAUUUCUGGAAACGCUGGAGCUUGGAGUACAUCUCUGAAUUACAAACAAGAGCAAAAUGGCGCGGAAAGUCUAUCGAGCUUCAGGUGGACGACUUGGUUGUGCUCAAAGAG